CCCCGCCCGCCGCUGCCGGCUUCCACUUCCUGCGAAGUUCGCGGCUGGAAGCGGCGGUUGAAGUUCGAAGCCGGCGGCGCCGUUGGCGGCGGGGCCGCCCGCUGCCCCCGGGGCCCGCAGCCGGCUCGCGGCGGGGCCCGCGGCCGCCCGGCACUGAGCUGGAGGCAGCGGGGCCGCGCGGCGAGCCGGGGGCGCCUAGCCAGGCCGCCUGCGUGCCGGGCCGCGCGGAGGAGGAGCCGCGGCCUCGGCCGCGCGGGUGCCCGCCGCAGAUGGAGGCCAGCCUGACGUGCGCCGUGUGCUUGUCCCUCUUCGAGGAGCCGGUCACGCUGCCGCUGUGCUCGCACAACUUCUGCCGCGACUGCGUGCUGGAGUGCCUGGCAUCGGCCGAGGCCGCCCGCGUGCAGCAGCAGCGGGGCGCGGGGCCGGCGCGCCUCUCGCGGGGGGGCGCGGGGCAGGGCGCCGCGGCCGGCGCGCGCGUGUCGUGCCCGCUGUGCAGGAAGCUGUGCCCGCUGCCCCGCGGCGGCGCCGCCGCGCUGCCCGUCAACACCACCCUGGCGGAGGUGGUGAAGCUCUACCGGUCGGGCACAGCGGGGGCCGCCAAGGCGGCGGAGGCGGAGCAGGGGCAGGGGCAGGGGCCCGGGCUGCUCUCCCCGCUGCCGCUCGGCGGAACCUGCCAGAAGCACCCGAGCCGGCUGGUGCAGCUCUACUGCCGCAUGUGCCGCCAGGCGGGCUGCGGGCAGUGCGUGUCCGAGGAGCACCAGGGCAUCUUCCACUCCGUCAACCUCAUCGACACUGUGUAUCAGGAGGAAAAGUUAACCUUCUUCAGUAGUCUGAAAAAACUGAGAAUAAUAAAUGAGAAGCUGAUGAAUGAAAUCUCAAGUCAUCCAAAUGAUACUGAUAUAAUGCUGACCAAUGAAGCAGAGAUAAUUGCACUGGAAUUUGGAGAAAUAUUCAAAACUCUGGAAAUGAAGAAAAAGCAAUUGCUAGAAGAUGUUGAAAACCAAAGAAGUAAAAAAGAGAAAGAAUUUCAGAUUUGGAAGAAAAUGAAGGAAACUCACAAGAAAACCAUUGAGAAUUUUCUGAAGGAUUGUGAAAAGCUUGUUCAUGAAUGUGAUCCUCAGUGUUUCCUGGAGGUGGCCUGUGGCUUGAAUACAAGAAUGAAAACUCAGCUUGACCUGAUGAAUAUAGCCUCCAGCUAUGAGAAACCACCAGAGUAUACCCAAAAGAAAAUGGAUAUCAAACCUCUGGUUAAUGAAAUUUUGGCCUUGAAGUUAAUACCAGUUAAUGUAGGUGUAGUUAAAGAUCUACCUUCUCAAGGAAAUGAGAACUCAACUAACAAUACUGUAUUUAAAAAUAACGUAAAGCAAUGGAAAGACCAGAAAAAUGCACCAAACACAUUUCGUCCAGUAGCAGGACAGGAGGAAACGCUAGCAGAUGGUGGUCGGAUCUGUACUCGCUUAAUGUCAAUAUCGGAAAUGUCAGCAUUUCAAAACAUGAGUCAUGAGGAGCUACGUUAUAAAUAUUACAUGGAACAUCCGAAGCUAUCUCAUGAGUUCAAGACACAAAGCCUACCUGUAAAUAAAAAGUAUAAAUGUGUAACCACUGAGGCUUUGAAGAAUAAGUCCUCAGGAUUUCCUUUUGUAUCUUCACCUACUAAAGCAAAUAAUGCAGAUAAAGUAAAAAUGGGAAGCUUGCAAAGAGCAGAUGGUUUUGACGAGAUAAGCUUUUUCAGUACUAGUAAUCAUAGCAUUCCGUCCACAAACUUGAAUUUUUCUGAAACAAAUGGUGACUUUAAAUUUUUUCAUGAAAAAAGGUCCCAGGAAAAAAGCACAAUGACCUUAUCAGAGAACUCUAACAGCUUAAUAAUUAAAGAAAAAAUACCAAUGCAGUCAUCAGCAGUUAUGGUUUCCAAUGAAAUGGAUGCAAAUUCCAGCACUUCAUCUGGUUUAAAACCAUCAGCAUCAGUACCUGUUACUGUUUCAGGUUCAACAUUUUUAGACAUUUCUGCAGGGAGAGUUUCUGCUUCACCUUUUGCUUUCAGUGCAUGUAACAACUCGUUAUCCAGAUUUAUUAAAGAUGCAGCUACAGUUUCCUUUGCAAAGAAAGACAGUAAAUUUACUUUCCCUACAUUUUAUCUAGGGAAAUAUGAUCCUGAGGAUGAAACAGAUGACCAGGAUGAAACCAAACUUACAAAACCUAGUUCUGUAACUAAAACUACUGUUUCUGAUGUUUCAACGAGUCCUAACUUAGAAUUGGCAGAAAGUGAGAAACCAGUUUUUUCAUUUGCCUUUGGCAAUUCAGAAAAAGAUUGUUUCACAGUAUCUGGAGCCAGCAAUUCAUUUAAGGUUUUACCAUUACCCUCAUUUUUUAACCAUUUGGAGAAGCUAUCUGACCAAAAUGCAACAUGUCGCAUGGGAGAAAAUACAGUUUCUCCAAACGAAGAUGUAGAAGACUGUGUUCUAAAUCCAUCUGUCUCAUUGGAACAAGCUGCUAAUACCUCAGAAUCCAUCACUACUGUAGCUCACAGUACUUCAGAAACCAGCACUGCAGCUGAGAUGAAUGUUGUUUCUGGGACCCCCCUUCACCACAGCAGUUAUGUUUUUUCCUUUGCAAAUAACUGUCUUCAGCUGCCUUCACCAGUGUUUUCAUUUGGAAGCAUUGUCAAAAGUACCUCUGAUUCACUGACUUCCUCCUCAGUGCUUUUCCCUAGAAGUGGCACUAAAAAAAAUGAAAAAAAGAAAACGGAAUCUCCUAGCAAAACACCGUUAAGUCUAGAAAAGUCAGUGUCUCCAGAGCAUACAGAAUCUGCUUCUAAACAUAGUCGCCCGAAAUGUGCAGAUUCUUUUUUUCCCUUGAGCUCAUCUGAGAAGGUUGAAAAUGAAGAAGUAAUUGCUGAUAGUAAUCCUUCUUUUAGUCAGCCUUUCUAUUCAGCCGCUGUUCCUGUUAAAGAACAGGCUGCCUCUUUCAUAUCAGCAAAACAAGAAAUAAAGGUAAAAGAUGAAGAAGGUAGAAUUGUUGCUGAAAACAGCUCUUCCUGUGCUAGGAAGGAAGAUGAACCUGAGUCUGUACUGUUUCAGAAUGAAGCUUGUUCUGUUCCUGGCACAUGCAGUGAUUCAUUUUUAGGAGGUUCUACACUUUCUGUAAAUGAGGCAGGAGGAAUACCAAGUGACACUGAUUCUGACACUGAAGAGCUAAGUCAAACAUCAGCCUCUAGUGAUAACAGCAGUGCAUCAGAAUAUUUUUCUGUUGCAGAAGACAAAAUAUCUGCUAGAGGAAAACCAGAGACAUGAACACAGUGAAAUGGAAGAUAACUAUGCUUAAACGAGCUGGAAUUAAAUAAACACUACAUAACAUUAACAA